AUGGCCGCCGCCCUCCGCCGCCUCUCCGCCCUCGCCCACCAACUCGCCGGCACCUCUUCCGACACCACGGAAUACAUCCACCGGCACCACAUCCACCAGCUCUCCCCCACCUACUUCCUCCCCCGCGCCGCCGCCAUCGAACCAAAUGCCACCGCCGUCUACCAUACCACCGCCAACGGCGCCAUUCUCAAAUACACCUACGCUGAAACUGCCCGGCGAGCAUCUGGCAUCGCGUAUUACCUGAAGAAACAUGGCUACAAGCGCGUUGGGAUCUUGAUGACCAACACGCCCGGGUUCCUCGAGACGUUCUACGGGAUUGGCGGAGCGGGGGGUGUGAAUGUCGCGAUUAAUUAUCGUUUGAAGGCGGAGGAUAUCGCGUAUAUUUUUGAUCACGCGGAUGUGGAGGCCAUUGUCGUGGAUAAGGAGUUUGAGCACCUACUUGAGGGCUUUAGACGAGACCAUCCUCAAGUGCAUGUGCUGGUUGACACGGACACGGAUCGCGAGGAUGGGCCGUAUAACCGGGCCAUGGAGGAGGGGUGGGCGUAUGACGAAGAGCUGGGCGGGAAAGGAUGGGAGGGACUGCAGACGGAAGUCCCGGACGAAGAGGGCUUGAUCGCGUUGAGCUAUACCAGCGGCACGACGGCGAAACCAAAGGGGGUGGAGUACACGCACCGCUCGGCCUAUCUAGCAGCAAUGGCGAAUGUAGUGGAGAGCGGGCUGAACACCCACAUUUCGACGGCGGAUCGGUGUCAUUACCUCUGGACUUUACCGAUGUUCCACGCGACGGGAUGGACUUUUCCAUGGGCGGUGACGGCGGUGCGGGGGACGCAUUAUAUGUUAAGGAAGAUUGAUUAUCCCGAGAUUUGGAGGCUGUUGCGGACGGAGGCGAUUAGUCAUUAUUGUGCGGCGCCGACGGUGAAUACGCUGUUGUGUGCUGAUAGCAAUGCUGAGAAGUUGCCUGAACCCGUCCGCGUGACCGUAGCCGCCUCCCCACCAACCGCCUACCUCUUCGAAACCAUGGAGAACCUCAACCUCCAACCCGUGCACGUCUACGGCUUAACGGAGACCUACGGCCCCAUUACCAAAGGCUACUGGAUGCCCGAAUGGUCCUCCCUCGAAAGCAAACGGAAAUACGCCAAGCAAGCCCGCCAGGGACACGGCCACAUCACAUCCCUCCCUGCGCGUGUCAUAAAAACGAACGAAGACGAUGCCGGGAACAAGGACCAGUUCAACGAUCGGAUUGAGGAUGUGAAGAAGGAUGGGCAGGAGAUUGGGGAGAUUGUGCUUUUGGGGAAUAUUUGCGCCAAGGGGUAUUAUAAGGACCCCGUCGCGACGAGGAAGUUGUUCGCGGGCGGGGUGCAACAUACCGGCGAUCUGGCUGUGUGGCAUCCGGAUGGAGCGAUUCAGAUUUUGGACAGGGCGAAGGACAUUAUCAUCUCCGGCGGGGAGAAUAUCUCGAGUCUGUCCGUGGAGAGCAUGUUAGUCACGCACCCUGAUAUUCUGGAAGCGGCCUGUGUAGCGGUGAAAGAUGAGAAGUGGGGCGAGACGCCGAAGGCGUAUGUUACUGUGCGGGAAGGGAAGACGGUGCAGGGGGAGGAGGUGAUUGCGUGGGCGAAGGGCAAGAGUGGGAUUAGCAGGUUUAUGGUGCCGAGGGAGGUGGAGGUUGUUGCGGAGUUGCCUAAGACGAGUACGGGUAAGGUGAGGAAGAACGUUUUGAGGGAUAUGGCGAAGGGGGCGCAGUAG